CAUUCAAGGCUAGGACAUGAAGAAGGUUACUCUGAAACGGUUUAAAGAUUCCUCGCCUCCCAUUCAAGUGACCGGCAAAAAAAGAGAAAAGGGGGAAGAGGAAAAUGAAAAAGAAGAAUUGGUUGUUAAGAGGCAAAGCUCACCACCAGUUAAGAAGCGUCUCAAGGCGUCUUUCCCACUCAUUUACGCCUGUGCCCGAUGCGGUGUCAAGUUCAGCAGUCCAAAAACCCUCGAGGCUCAUGCUACCUUCUAUUGUGCUCAUCGCGGUGAAGAUUUCUCUUGUCCUGAUUGCAAAGCCUCUUUCAGCACUGAAGAAGGUCUACGAGGUCAUCAGCUGAACUUUUGCCGGCCACUCCCCCCUCCGCCUUCUCUCAUAUUCCACCCACUUCCAGUUGUUCUUCCACCCCCUCUUAUUAUCAGGUCUAAAACACCUCAGAUAGAUGAUCAGCCAUUAGAUUUAAGUAUGAGAAAAGAUGAUAUCGAAGAAGAGGUAAUAGAGAAAAAAGAAAUUAUUAUAGAAAAGAAAGAGGAGAACGAUGUCAAGAAAGAAUCUCCUAAGAUGACAUUUACUUGUGCUUCUUGUUGCAUUUCAUUCAGCUCAGAAACAACAUUAAAUGCCCACAAAACCUAUUACUGCCCUCAGGCGUCACCGGAAGUCAAUUAUCGAUGCGCCAUCUGUGGUUAUAAAGGGAAUACACUUCGAGGCAUGCGUUUGCACUCCAAAACGCAUUCGGAACGAGAGAAAGAUCCACGAGACACCUCACCAGAAGUUGUAUCAGCGAAGGCGUCACCGGGCGACAAGUAUUGCUCCAAGUGCGAUAUAUCCUUUACCUACCAAGCGACAUUUGACGCGCAUAAGAAAUUUUAUUGUUCAUCCCACCAUACCCAACAAGCCGUAACUGCCUAGUCAUAAAGCAAAGAAAAACAAUAAAGCAAAUAAUGAGGAGAAAGGUAAAGCAAAACAAACAAUUUUUUUCCUCUUUUCCUUUCUUCUACCGCAAAUCAAAAAAAAACCCAAGAAAAUCAAACAAACUAAAGAGUUUAUUAAUUUACCAAAGUGUUAAUGUUAAUGAGAGAAUUUAUUCAAAAAUGUUUUCUACGCUUGCGUCACCUGCAGGGAAAUUUAUAAAUUAAAAACUAAAAUAUGACAAAAAUAAUAGACAGUAAAAUUUCAUGGAUGUUAUCUGACGUACUGUGUUUUUUUUUAAGUGCUUUUAUUUUUCCUAUACUUUUGCAGUCGCGGUUAAAGAUCUAUGAGAUAAAUUAUACAUAUAUAUAUAUAUAGAUAUAUAUAGUAUAUAUAAUUGAAUAGUGUACAUCUUGGUGCAGUAUUGCUACUCCAGUAUACUGUAUUUCUACUCAUAUAUACAGUAGUAUAUUGGGUAUUUUAUACUUGUGGAGUAUAUAUAUAUAUAUAUAUAUAUAUUUAUAUAAUUUAUAUUUAUGUUUAUAUUAUUUUUUUAUUGAAUUAUUUAGCAAAGUGCAUUAAAAGAUAUGAAAAAUGGCACACAGAAUUAUAAUUCUCAGCUACUUUCUACUCCUCUAUAUUGAAUGUAAUCUUAUAUAUUUAAUAGUUUUAUUCUCUUCUCAUCGUCCUCUUCUUCCUCUACUUCUUUUACUUCUUCCCUCUCUUUCUCUGUCGCUCUUCUUCCUUUCCUCUAUUCUUCUUAAUUAUUCUACUUUCUGCUACUAUUUUUUAACCUGAAAGCAGUAAAAGAACAUUCCUUUUACCUUUUCAAAGAUGAUUAUGAACAAAGAAGAGAAAUAAAAAACAAUUUGACAACUGAAUUAUAUGAAAAAGUUGUAAUAUUUAUUAAUCUCUCUAUAAUACUAUUGAAUAGACAAACAGCUUUCUAUUAAAAACAAACAAAUCCUUCAUUAUACACUAUUACUAUCGCUAUUAAUCUUCACUUUUAAAAAUAGAUGGCGACACUUGUUAGCAUUUUCUUUUCUGGAACCGUUUGAACUAUUGGAAAUCUAGAUAGGAAGUAACGACGUAUAAGUACUCUAGUAGAAACGCCUCUCGAUCAGUGACUUUAUUCGAUCAAAAGCUUUUUCUCUAGACAUGAUUAAUGAUUGAUUAAAUGUUUGUAAGGAAACGGUUCGCUUAUUAUUCUAAACGUGUCAUAUCUCUAUUAAUGAUACAGUGACCCAAUUAUUUCAUUACUUCUCUUACUUCUUCCAUAGAAUUGUGCCUUUCAACUGAAGAAAAAAUAGAUUCAUCCCACGCUUGUUGGUCUUAUUCCCUUAGGGGAAAUUUCCAGAGGAAAACCGCAACAUCUAAUGACGUCAGAGAGGCUUUUUCCAGCCGCUUUACUCCUAUCAUUUCAUAGAAGACUAUUAUCUAAUAAUAGACUUGUUUACUAAUUACCUUUCGCUAUUUUAUAAUUAAAAGUAACAGUUGUAGAGAGAGAGAGAGAGAGAGAGAGAGAGGGAGAUGAAAUGAUAAAAAAUAGGGAGGGUGGAGAAUGACACGAUAUUGUAGAAAGAAUAUAUUUAGGUGCGAAAAAAAUCUAUAAUGAGUUCGCUUUCUAUAAACGGUUCUCCAGACUAUUUCAAGGAUGUCAUAGAAAUUCGCCAUUGAAAUGACGUCAUUCGAAGCAAAAAAUAGAAUCCAUCGAUUUUCUAAGCUUAUAUAUAUUUCGAAUAGUAUAUAUUUAGCGUAACGUAAAAGCCUUGCUUUCCUUUGAAACAAAAUAUUCUUGGAGAGGGUCGAGUUAUUUUAUGGAAAUUAAGUCGGAAUUACGUCUCCCACUCAUCUUUUUUCCUCCCUUUCCAUCUCUAUAUCGCUCCUUUUUCUUACUAUAUCGUCUUAAUAGUGAAAUAUGAAUUGAAAAACGAGGAAAGUAAGAGCAGAAAAGUUGGAAAAGAGAAAAUAAGAUUAUAUAUUGGGUUAAGCCAAUUAAUAUCUGUAAUUCAAAUUAGCAUUGUAUUAAAAGCAAAUCUAAAGGAGUCAUGGAUGAUGAAACAGAAAUCUUCUCAGCUAAAAUCAAUUAUUAUUGUUACCAUUUUAAUUUUGACCUUUUGCUUAAAGAGAGAUGUAUAAAUAUAAAUA